CCACACUCCUGCCGUAUCGAAUGAAAACCGUUGGAAAAUGGCGACGGCGUGACAUUAGUUAUAGAUGCGCGUCGACGCGUCGACGCCAUCAGUUAAAUCGGCGGCGGCAGCGACGACGAGGGAACAAGACGGUGUUUUCGCAAGACCAUCGGUCGGCGUUACAAAAAAUUAAUAAACGCACGGCUCCUCCUACGGAUAAAAUGUUCAGGGCCAGUGCGAUCGUUUUGUGGGCUUUCCUAGUCACGUUGUCCAAAGGAGACGACGUGGAGUGCCCCGUCUGCUUGGGUUCGGUGCCUCAAUGUUGCACGAUCCGAGAUUGCGAGCACGGCGUUUGCAUUGUGUGCACGACUAAGAUUUUGAGUUCGAGUAAUAAAGCGUGUCCGAUUUGCAGACGUCCCAUUAACGGCGUGAAGGGAACAGACGCGUACGAAGCGGACCUGGCCGAUUUCAAGCGGGCCGUCCUGGACGGCUCGGUCACCCGCGAGCAGACGAUCGCCCGCUACCAUCUGCUGCUGCCGUGGCACGCGCCCGACCAGCAGCUGCUCAACGACGUCAGACGUAUCGGCGGCUCGUAUUCGGCCAAGCGGAAGCUGCUGGACGGCGUCCGAGCCGACCCCGACGGUUACGGGUUCGCAGAGGACGUGGCCGCCCGGCGCAAGUACACCGAGGCGCUGCUCGACAACGCCGAACGGACCGCGCUGCUGCCGUACUACCAGAGGACCGGACUGGACCCGCGCCGGGAAUGUGUGCUGCGAAGCACCGUGUACAAGGGCGACUGAGAUCGUGGUGUGGUGUGUGGGGUGACGCUAUUUAAUAUUAUUAUUACUAUUUAAUAUUAUUAUUACUAUUUAAUAUUAUUAAUAUUAAUUAUUAUUUAAUAUGUACACAAUCAUCACUGGAUAUAUAUUUCAUGUAAUACUUUAUAAUAAAUUUGGA